GGUCCUUAGCCACUGGUCUGCACGCGAGGGGAUAGUGGCGCGCUCUAACAACACGUCUCGCGUGCCACAGGAGCUCGAACAUGGUGAGCGGCUAAUCGGUGCGCGUGCCCAGCCCUGUAGUCGGCGGACUUGACAACGGGACACAGCGAGGAGCUAACUAACGUUAGCACGCUAGCUCGCUUUACCCUUACAACGACAGCUAGGCUAAACUAGGCUAACAUCGCCGGACUGGUCCCCUUAAACGCUACAGCCAUGUUCGUGCAGGAGGAGAAGAUAUUCGCAGGGAAAGUACUGAAAAUACACAUCUGCACCAUGGAGGGCACAGAGUGGCUGGAGGAAGUCACGGAGGACACCGCCAUUGAGAAGCUGAAAGAGAAGUGUUUGAAACAUUAUGUGCACGGAAGUCUAGAAGACCCCAAAACACUCACUCACCACAAACUCAUCCAUGCUGCUACAGAGAGAAUCCUCAAUGACACUAAAACAGUUGCUGAUGAAAGUCUCAAAGAUAAAGAUGUUUUGUUGCUGGUUAAGAAAAGACCACCACCAACUCCUCCAAAGACGGCAGACGUAUCUACAGAAGAAAAGAAGAAGCAGGAAAACAAGGCUCCAGACAAGGAUGCCAUUCUGAAAGCCACUGCCGGCCUGUCCACCCGUCACACCGAUCGGACCGUAACCCAGCAUAACAUCAGAGAUUUUCAGACGGAGCUUAGGAAAAUCCUGGUCUCACUCAUUGAAGUGGCUCAGAAGCUCCUUGCCUUGAAUCCUGAUGCUGUUGAACUCUUCAAAAAGGCCAAUGCCAUGUUGGAUGAGGAUGAGGAGGAUCGAGUAGAUGAGACGGCCCUUCAGCAGCUGACCGAGAUGGGUUUCCCUGAGAGCAGAGCCAUUAAAGCCCUCCGACUAAAUCACAUGUCAGUGACCCAAGCCAUGGAGUGGCUUAUUGAGCACGUGGACGACCCAUCCGUGGACGCUCCCAUACCUGGUCAGGACUCCUCCGGAGCGGGGGGAGCGAUGGCUGCGGCCACGCCGGGCCCCUCAGCUUCAGCCUCUGCCUCGACCUUGGCCCCCCAGCUCCUCCGGAGCCUCUCCCAGUCCAGCACAGAGGAGGGCGCCAGGCAAGACGAACUCACCGAGAUCUUUAAGAGGAUCCGCAGGAAACGAGAGUUCAGGCCAGACUCCAGAGCAGUGAUUGCAUUGAUGGAGAUGGGCUUCGAUGAGAAGGAGGUGAUCGAUGCUCUCAGGGUCAAUAACAACCAACAGGAUGCCGCGUGCGAGUGGCUGCUGGGAGACAGGAAACCCUCACCAGAGGACCUGGACAAAGGCAUCGACACCAACAGCCCUCUGUUUCAAGCCAUCCUGGAGAACCCGGUGGUUCAGCUGGGCCUCACCAACCCCAAGACGCUACUCGCCUUUGAAGACAUGCUGGAGAACCCUCUGAACAGCACUCAGUGGAUGAACGAUCCCGAGACCGGACCCGUCAUGUUGCAAAUCUCCAGAAUCUUCCAGACCCUCAAUCGCACAUAGAGCCCCCUGGUGACCCCAUUGCUGUGUGUGUGUGUGUGUGUGUGUGUGUGUGUGUGUGUGUGUGUGUGUGUGUGUUCCAAAAAAGACCUCAAUGGCGGAAGAUGUCUCGGUAGUGAAGGUGGAUGAAGGCUGCAACAGAGGAUGGUCCCCAAUUGUCUUGGUUCUCCAUGCCAUUGGACUCUGGCCGCCCCCUGCCAAGGACUGUGUGGUGGCUGCAGGUGCAUCAGCCUCUCCACAUAAAAGGCUGUCACGUGCAAGCGUCCUCCCAUUAUGCGGCUCCAAGAUCGACCUCUACACCCACCUGAGGACCUGGAGGGAGGACGGUCAUACUCGACCCCGAGUGACGGCCAAUGAUGGUGUGUGUGUGUGUGUGUGUGUGUGUGUGUGUGUGAGAGAGAGAGAGAGAGAACAGGUGUGUCAGAGACACAAGUAUUGCUUUUGCCUUGAAAAGACAAAUCCUGUCGAGUGAAAUUGUGAAGAGUGAUGCAAUGUUAAACAUAUAUCUAUUUAUAACAAUACAGAGGAAAAAGUCACUAAUACAAAAUGUUAACGUGAACAUUAUGAUUAUGAUAACGGUUAUGAUAAGGAUAUUUUAAAUGUCGUUUUUACAUUUUAAUGAGAACAAUUUAUAGUUACUAUGGACAUAAUUUUAUUUUAUAUAAUUUCUCCAUGUGCAAAAAAUAAAAAAGAGCUGACCAUCAGGCAUCAAAGCAAUGUUUACACUUCAGAGAACUGAUUUUCUGUUUUGCAAUGUGUAAGUAUCAGUUUGUUCUGUCUCAUCUAGUUGUUACACGUCAUCAUCAAGGGUAACUGUUUGGAGGAGUCUUGUCACUAUUGAGAUGUAUUUUCUGUUCUCCAUUUCUUUCUUUUAUCUGUUUUUUUUUGUUUGUUUUUUUUUUUACCCCCAAGAUGGCCCUGUUCCACAUCGAGAGCCGUUUAUUCGUCAAUAUCAAAAAUUGUCUUAUGGACUCGAAAGCGUGCCUGUCAUGUCUCUGUAAAACCAAUUUUAAAAAAAAAAGAGUAUUUUUCUUUUUGCUUCUCUAACCGUAUUUAUUUGAAUUUCUGCCUUUUAGAAGAAAACUGUACACUAAGCUGUCUGUCUGUGUCUUGGUAAUUAUUUUGUUUUGUUUUUAAACAAGGAACGAUGCCACGACUGCGUGUUAUUGUUGAAAUGCUAAUGAAUGUCAGUGGUGUCGUGCUCAUCUGGCACUUGUUCACGCGUCUCUGGACGUUUCCCGACACAGCCGUGAUGAUGAUGAUGAUGAUGAUGUCCUUCCGCGUGAGAAGGUGGUCUCUGCUGGCUCCGGCGUCUGGUGCGAGGCGUCGGUGGUUUACCUUCGGGUCUAGCGUUUAAAUGAGCGAAGAGUCCAUCUCACUUCUUCCUGCGGAAUCAUCCAAGAUUCAGAAACGCGCAGCUUCAUCGUGCAAAACACAAUAAAUGAAAGAAUUUGCAAAAUCAGAGGUGGACUACUAGUUGGCCCUUUUUUGUUUUGUUUUGUUUCUUCUUUUGAUGGUGUGUCGUCUAGACAAACCCAGAUGUUACAGCAAGGCUCGCCUUUUCAUUUUGUGUCCCCGUUGAAAACACAAGCUGUCUCUGUGCAGUAGGCUAGACUUGAAAAUACAUCAACCUGUGAAAAGCAUAUAUCUGACCUGAAUACUACACACGUGUGAAACGGUGUUGUCAGUGUGGCCCUAGUGCUGGGUUGUCCCUUCAGUGUGGGGCCUCUCCCAGUUUUAUUGUGAGUUUUAAGAGGGCGGUGUGUGGCUUUUCUUUUGGCCAAGCUUUUGAGUUUUAUGCAAAUUAUAUGAAAAGUGGUACUGAGGUGACUUUCUGUUCAUGGAGGGCAAAUUUUUUUUUUCUUUUUCCUGUGUCCUUACUCUGCUUUGCUGUCAACUGAGAAACGCUUUAACAAACUUACUGAAGACUUUGCUUGCAGAACAGAACACCGCAAAACAUGGUUUGGGAAAACCUGACAAUUGAACACAUUUAAAUGUUUUUAAAGGGAACCUAAUUCCUUAAAUGGAGUAUUAUCUUAUUUAUACUAAAGCCAAAAACUAUUUCAGAUGUUAACAUUGUGAUCUUUGGAGAAGCUACAAGCUCAUCUAUCAUUGAUGUUAAUGAGCAAACUGAUACAAGUGUUGUUUGUACAAAUCUGUUGAAUAUGUGCAUUUUGGGUGACAGGCGGAAGGAAGGGUGAUGAAAAAGAGUUUCACUUUCUUUAUUCUGAACAUGAAAGUAUUUGUAAUUAGGAUGUGAAACGUUUCUCCAGAAGCCUCUUCUGAACACAUCUACAAUGUUGUUGCAUGAAUUUUAACCACAGCCAGAGGUGACCGAUAAUCUCAAAUGUUCAAGCCAGUGAUUUAUUUUCCAUCAUUGUCCAUUUUAAAGCCAUUGGACUUGCUUAACCUGGCAUUAGAGGGACUCCAGUGUACCGAAACUGUGUGACGUCAUGGACAGCAGCAGGAGGGAGGCUGAGGUGCUCUUUUCAUUCUGACUGUCUCACAACAACAGCAACCUAUGCAAUACACUCCCCCAACCUGUUCAAUGAACCAGCCCCUGGGCUGCCACCCGCUAAAUCA